UCAGAAAAUGAAAAUACACCAAACGCACCCUUCCCUUCCGAACCUCGCAAACACGCAUACUUUAUCUCUGCAAACCCACAAGAACUGUGUUUUCAUCUCCAAACUUCACACCUUUCUCUCUCUCUCAAAUCUGCCUUUGCCAUGUCUUCUUCUCUAUUAGAUCCAUAAAACCCAUUCCUCCAAACCCCAAUCCCACCCCGCUUCUCUCAAUUCUCCAUUCUCGCGUUUAUAUACAUCGUUUUCUGUGUAUCUGUGUAGAGAAUAGAGAUACAUAGAGAUAUAGCUUGAAAUUGCUGGGAAAUGGGUUCUGUAAGGCCAGAUCUGAGCUGCAGAGUGUAUCCGGAGCCGGUGGACCACUUUGACCGGCUACCGGACUCUCUAAUCCUGCUGGUUUUCAAUAUGAUCGGCGAUGUUAAAGCUCUCGGCCGAUGCUGCGUCGUUUCGAAGCGUUUCCAUUCGCUGGUGCCGCAGGUGGACAACGUCGUCGUUCGCGUUGACUGCGUGAUCUCCGACGAAGACGGUUCUUCGCCGUCGUCGGCGACGGCGGCGACGGCGACGACGGCGGCGGCGUCCGCCGCCGCCGCCGACAAGUCUCGGCAUCCGAUCUCCUCCAUCCUCCGCCUGGUGUUCACGGGGCUGCUCAAACCCUUCCAAUCUCUCUCCCAAUUCAUCUCCGCCUCCGCCUCACCGCGGCGCGUGGGCGCGUCGUCGGCCAUGGAAGACGGCGAGUUUGACCAGAGCUCCGUGACGCACCACUCGCCCACUCAGGUGUUGAAGAAUUUUAACGAAAUCAAGUUCCUCCGGAUCGAGCUCCCCAGCGGCGAGCUGGGAAUAGACGACGGCGUUUUGCUUAAAUGGAGGGCCGAUUUCGGGUCCACGCUGGACAAUUGCGUCAUCCUCGGCGCCUCGUCGGUGACUCACCCCUCACCCUCACCCUCACCCGCCGGUAAUAAUAACAACAAUACCCUAAUCCCCGACGACCAAACCCCUAACAAUGAUUCAAAUCCCGAGAACGAUAAUGGGAGCAUUCCCGAGUCCUUUUACACUAGCGGCGGCUUAAAAUUACGCGUAGUUUGGACAAUUAGCUCCCUAAUUGCCGCUUCUGCUAGACAUUAUUUACUCCAACCCAUAAUUUCCGAGCAUAGAACUCUGGAUAGUUUGGUUUUAACCGAUACAGAUGGGCAGGGAGUUCUGUGUAUGAACAGGGAGCAGCUUGAGGAGCUGAGAGUGAAGCCACUCUCGGCCUCCUCGGCCUCGAAGAGGACUUUGGUGCCUGCUCUCAAUAUGCGCCUGUGGUACGCUCCACAUUUGGAGUUACCAGAUGGAACAGUGCUUAAAGGCGCGACCUUGGUGGCGAUUAGGCCGAGCGAGCAGCACAAGAAAGAUGUGGUUGGGUCAGAUGGGAAUUGGGUAGCUUCAGCUUUCGAUGAACCCUAUGGGGCAGCUGCAAGGAUGUUGGUGAAGAGGAGAACCUACUGUCUUGAAAUGAACUCGUUCUGAAAGCGAAUCGAGAAUGAACUCGUUAGAUGGAUCUCUAAGCUGAGGAAGGUUGCUGCUUUUGAUGAAGAUGGAUUCACGUGUCAUCACUGUCAUGGAAGGAUGAGAAACAGUACAAUUUUGUCUUGAGCAAGCCUCAAUUGAGUUAAUUGAGCCUCUUUACAUAUGAAUCGUAAUGGAGCAAUGCAUGCUUUGGGAGAUGAAAUGCCAAUUGUCAACUGAUCAAUAGCUGUAAAUGUGUUGUUAUGUGCACUUAAACAAACGGACAAUAGGCAUCUGCUUUGCUUUUAUUCUUGGCAUAUGCUUUAUGGAUGCUGAGAAUGCUUAAUGAUUUAUGUUGUAAGAGCUUUGUGCCUUUGACAUCGUCGUGGUCUACUUAGUUUCCUCUUGUGAAUAUUGUAGGUUAUGUUAUGCUUAUGUGAUGUACUUUCAAGGCCUAAUCAAUCAAUGAAUUGUGUAUUUCGCUCGUAUCUGAA